AGACCGUUGAGACGAUCCGUGGCGCCCAGUGGUUAGUUGGCAGAUGAAAGGAGAGACGUGUAUGAAAGUGUGUUGGGAGGAGUAUAAUCGUGUUUUGUGUUGUGAGUGGUAUAAGUUGGGCUGUUUGUCUUCAGUGAGUGAUAUGUGCUGCAUAAAUUUCGCGUUAUCAUUAAAUGUGGGCCUGGCCUAAAAUUGAUGAACUGAAGUUAUGAAGAAAAAGAUGUGCAAACAUGCCAACACUCGGGAGUGGAGAGAAAGCUCAACAGGAACAGCAGCAGCAGCAGCAGGAACAGCUACUACCAUCGCCGCCUCCGCCGCCACCACUGCCACCGUCACUGCAAGGAAGUCAACAUUGUGCCACUUAUUUGUUCCCAUCAACACAGUCUGCAACAGUGGUGCCAAUGUCUGGUGCAGUGAGCAGUGCAGCUGCAAAUUCACAUUCCGCAUCAGUGCUGAAAGGGCAUGCCCGAAGUGCAAGCCAUGGUGGUGUUGGGACAUCUCUUACUUCAGCCAGUUCAGUGGGUGCUGUAGGUCGCCCUUCAGCCUUGAAGCAAAAUCGUGGACAUCAGCGUGCAUUCUCACAGGGUCAGAUUGUGGAAGGUGGGACAGGAUCUGCUUUGCGUGGUCAUAGUCGUGUUGGAUCGAGGACCGAUUUUAUUCUUCCUCCUGGACAUAAAGAUUCAGAUGGUACAGCAGUGGGGCCUGGUAGUGCUGCGAAGCCAAGCUGUCGUGGGGGACAUUCAAGACAAGCUUCCAGAUCAGAGUCCAUUUAUACUUUAAGACAAAGUGGGCCUCCAUCUCUUUGGACUCAGUUUCAGUCAUACAUUCUUCGACGAGGAGGAAAAGCAGAUGUUGACGAACCGAGGUACAGAACUGUUGUUCCAAACCAUCUUGUGCCACCCCGAACACCUAGAAAAGCUCACCCCAAUGGGUGCUGUCCCGAUAAUCGUAUCCGGACCACUAAAUAUACUUUAUUAUCAUUUCUCCCAAAAAAUCUGUUAGAACAAUUCCAUCGAGUGGCAAACUUGUAUUUUAUUUGUAUUGUGUUAUUGAAUUGGGUCCCAGCAAUCAAUGCAUUUGGUAAAGAGAUUGCCAUGAUUCCAGUACUGUUUGUGCUUGGUGUAACAGCCAUAAAGGAUAUGUUUGAGGAUCGGAGAAGACAUGCAAGUGAUAAGCGUAUCAAUAACUCCACAUGCCGAGUAUACAGAAGGUGAGUGAUAUAAUGGAUUUUGAUACAAAAAAUGUAGGUCCCGUUAACCUAACCAUAUGUACUAAAUCUGCCCCAUUAGAAGUAUGUGUUGGAUCAAAAACCAGUCUUAAUUGUAACAUGAAGGUUGGGAGAACCUGGUCUUCAAUCUGUACUUCUACCUGUAUUUUCAUGGAGACGUUAUAUAAACUUCAUGUAUAAAGGUAACACAUUCAAACAUGUCAUGUUCAGAGGCAGGUGACAGUUGUGGAGAAUGUUAGCAGUAACAUUCUGCAGUAUGAAAGGAACUUAAGGAUACUAAUGUAUCGUCUCAGUUCCAGUUGUUUAAGGAAAUUCAUCAGUAUAAAAGUUAUGGCAUCCUUAAAACGGUGUCCUUGUGUGUAAUAGACACCCCAUUGUCUUGAAUAUUGGGUGUACAGGUAAACCUGGCCCAGUCACGGUAACUGAGCAGUCUAAGAUAUGUACUGUCUUCCCUCACUUGGAAGUCAGGU